AUGACGUCAAGAGUAUACAACAGGUUUAAUAAGCAUACAACGAACUAUAAGACUAAUGGGCAGGUCUCCCUUAGAAGAGCAUUUUUGUUAUUCCUCAACACACUCCUGAUUUUAAGAAUAUUCAAAUUGCUCAUCAUCAUGGCUCCAGUACACUCAGCAAAUAUGCACCCUAGCACAGGCGAGUUUCACGCCAGAGUCCCCCCUUCAAAACCCAUGGCGAGCAAAUGGCACAAGCCGGGCAACGAACUGGGCAACGAUGCAGUGGGAGAAUUCCAUGCCGAAGUCCACUCCAAAGGAGAAGCGCCACCGGAGCACACUUACAAACCUAAUCCUGUUGGCGAAUUUCCUGAACAAUAUUUAAGCUCCGAUUCGAAUUCGUCCAGCUACAGAAACCCACCCGAAAUGCCUGGGGCAACCUCGAAGGAGAUGCAUAAGGGACUCGGUUUACCUCUUCAAGGGGUAGAGAGCCGAGAGUUGAACUCCCAGCUGCCUGGGAAAAAGAACUCGGAUAAGCGGGGCCACCCAAGAAAACGGAAGAAGGAAAAGGCAGGGUUGGUGGGAGUGGGAGUGGAGCCGAGGAAAGACCCUGUAAGAACUAGGGGUCUGGAUUUGCCCGAAGGGGUUGAAAAGGGGUCCCGUGGAAAACAUACCGCAGACUGGCCUGGCGCAGAGGAGAGAAUGCCUGCCACGGCCGAUGUAGUUGCUGCUGAACUACCCUGA